GGAGCACCCUGCUUUAACUGACCAAUCCGCUGAGAUCAGCGAAUCAGCGCAGGACCACGCCAACAUGCCGCAAAGCACGCUGGGACUUCCUUUCUUUCCGAGGCCAUAUUGGAGCAACAGACUUGUUGUCCAGAACGGAGUAAAUCGCAGCUAUGGUGGCCGCCAAGAAGACGAAAAAGUCCCUGGAGUCCAUCAACUCCCGUCUCCAGCUGGUGAUGAAGAGCGGUAAAUAUGUCCUGGGAUACAAGCAGUCUCAGAAGAUGAUCCGCCAGGGAAAAGCCAAGCUGGUCAUCCUGGCCAACAACACACCUGCCCUCAGGAAGUCUGAAGUGGAGUACUACGCCAUGUUGGCCAAGACAGGCGUCCAUCACUACAGUGGGAACAACAUCGAGCUGGGCACGGCCUGUGGGAAGUACUUCAGGGUGUGCACCCUGGCCAUCAUCGACCCCGGUGAUUCUGACAUCAUCAGGAGUAUGCCAGACCAGCCGCAGGGGGAGAAGUAGACAUUUCACACUCGAUGUUAAAAAAUAAACUGUUUUCUAUGGUC